AGGUGCCUGGAGCCUAGGAGAAUCAUGGGGUCUGGAGCUGAGCUGUGCACUCUCCUAGGUGGCCUUACAUUCCUCCUGCUUCUUAUGCCAGGCGAGGGGGCCAAGAGUGGAUCCCACAAAGACAGUCCGAGGGUCUGCUCGAAGCAGAUGCUGGUGGUCCCGCUCCGGUACAACGAAUCCUACAGCCAGCCAGUGUACAAGCCCUACCUGACUCUCUGCGGUGGGAGGCGCGUCUGCAGCACCUACAGGACCAUAUACCGGGUAGCGUGGCGGGAGGUCCGGAAGGAUGUGCAGCAGACUCAUACCGUGUGCUGCCAGGGCUGGAAGAAGCGGCAUCCAGGGGCACUCACCUGUGACGAAGCUAUCUGCGCCAAACCCUGCCAGAAUGGAGGCGUCUGUGUUCUGCCAGAGCAGUGCGAGUGCGCCCCUGGCUGGGGUGGGAAGCACUGUCAUGUGGACGUGGAUGAAUGUCGCACUGGUGUCACCUUCUGCUCGCACCACUGCCACAACACGGCGGGCAGCUUCACCUGUAGCUGCCCCACCGGCCUGGUGCUGGGUUCCGACGGGCACACUUGCGCCGAUGGCUCUCCCGGGUCCCCAACCACUCCCAGUGUCCUCAGUGUGGCCGUUCGGGAGGCUGAACACAAGGACCGCACCCGCAUCCUAAAGCGGGAGAUUAAGGAACUGCAAGGGCGCCUGGAGAGGCUGGAACAGUGGGCAGGUCAGGCUGGGGCCUGGGUCCGAGCAGUGCUGCCCAGGCCACCUGAAGAGAUACAGCCUGAGCAGGUGGCAGAGCUCUGGGGCUGGGGUGACAGGAUCGAGUCUCUCAGUGACCAGAUGCUGCUUUUGGAGGAGAAGUUGGGCACCUGUGAGUCAGUCAUACUGUGAGCUGGAACCUCGUCCCCUACUGUGCACUUCCACGUUGCAGUUUCCUCUUCCUGAAACUCUCCUGUACUCAGGUCUCCCCCUCCCUUCCUUGCCCCACC